AUGCUCAGUACAGAAGGCAACAUCUUUAUGAUCAUGAUGAUUGGAGAAUUCAUAAUAGGAAUAUUUGCAAAUGGAUACAUUGGACUAGUAGUAUGGAUUGACUGGAUUAAGAAGAAAAAAACCUCCCCAGUUGACUGCAUCCUCGCCAGUUUGGCAAUCUCCAGAAUGUGUUUGCUCUGUAUAACGAUACCAAAUGGCAUCAUACUGGUACUCUGCCCAGAGGUUUAUCUAAACAAUAAAACAAAGGGAGUCAUUAGGAUCUUCCAGACACAUCACUAUUUAAGUAUGCGGUUUUCCACCUGCCUCAGUGUCUUCUAUCUCUUCAAGACAGCCAAUUUCUCCCACCCACUUUUGCCCUGGUUUAAGUGGAGAAUCAGCAGGGUGGUUCGUUGGAGCCAGCUGGGGUCUUUGGCCAUUUCCUCACUGAUCAGCCUUAUGCUUGCAAUGUUACCAAAUCAUGAUCAUGAAUGUCUUAAAACUGCAGAACAUAAAAGAAACUUCACUGAAUUUUUCCAUGUGAGUAAAAUUCAAUACUUCACCCUGUUGACAUUCUUUAACCUGUUGGCAAUUGUUCCAUUUACUGUGUCAUUGAUCUCACUUUUCCUUUUAAUUAUGUCCCUUUGGAAACAUACUACACAAAUGAAAUCCCAUGUUACAGGUUGAAGAGACUCUAGCACAAAGGCCCUCAUGAGGGCCAUUAAAACUGUGACUUCAUUUCUCUUCCUCCUUUUUGUUUACUACCUGGCCUGUCUUUCGGCAAUAUUUAGCUACCUUAUGAAAGAAAGCAAGUUAGCUAUGAUAUCUGGAGAGAUUAUGGCAAGUCUCUAUUCCUUAGGUAAUUUUUUUUUAAUCGUUGGAAAUAAUAAGCUGAGGCCAGCAUUUGCCAGGAUGCUGAGAUGUGGAAAAAGCCAGCAUGAUGUAAAAUCUUAGCUUCAUAAAAGAACCUUAAAAGCAAAUCUUAUUUUCGAAUAA